AGAGCUGCCAGACUGUUUGAAAUGCCGUUGUGCAAAGAAGACAGCAAGCACCUAUUGCACUUUGACAGCUUUGACUUUACGCAGCGUAGAACGGGACAGGAGUAGUUUUUUUUAAGCUGUCGACGCAAUUUUAUCGCAGUUUUGAAUUCAACUUUCAGUGCAAAAAUCCUUGUAGAGACGAAAAUAAAUUAUAAAACAAGAGAUAAUUUAACAAAAGUUGCACAUUUUAAAAGCUUCCACAGACCAAAUAGAAGCAAGCUCGAUCACAAAUAUGCCGCCAAAUCGCUCGCGUCAGGUCGCCCGCAAGAAUCCCUGGCCGCGCAAGGUUAGGCAACUCAAUAAUCGCCAGAAGGUUGCUAGCACGACGCCCACGCCACAAAAAGUUGACCUAAUGACGAUGGCAGAAGGCACCGACCCCAUGGGGCAUCAUCAUCACGCCGCCGGCUCGCACAAUCCCCACCAUUAUCACCAUCAUCCACACCCACAUUCGCAUCAGCACCAUCAUCCGGCGCAGUACCACCAUCCCAGCCAGCACUAUGCGCCCGCACAGCAGCCGCCGGCAGCAUCAGCAGCAGCAGCAGCUGCUGCCGCCUCCCACUAUGCGCCCUACGCUCAGCUGCAGUAUCGGCAUCCCAUGCCCCACCAGCAUUUGCCACUGGCCCUCAGUCUCCAUCAGCAGGCGGCAGCAGCAGCCGCUUCGGCAGCGGUAGCAGCUGCAGUAGCCAGUGUCGAGCAGCACAACAACAAUCAGCCAUUUGUAGCCAACAACAACAUUAUGCCGUGGAAGCAGCGCAAGCGCAAGCGCCUCUCAGCUGUGCUCGAUAAGCUCCAUCACAACAACAACAACAACAACAACAAUAAUAAUAAUACAAAUAACAACAACACAAAUAACAACAAUAAUGGCGUGGCCUGCAAAACGGAGCCCAUGGAUAUGGAUGAGCGGGAUAUGGAUGAAAUGGAAGCAGACUUAGAGAAUGAGGACAACGGAGAUGCAGCGCAUGAUUCCAUGCAGAAACAUGAGGCUAACUACAUUAAGAGAGAAGCGCGUGACGCAUUGACGGCAGCCAGCGAUGAGGAACAGAUUGAGGCCGAGGCUGAUCUCUCCGCAGAGGAACUCUCGCACUCGGACCAGGACGAGCAGGAGAGUCCGCGAAUAAGCAUGAGUCCCCUCCAGGUAGCAGCGACGCCUUCUUCAAAGCCAGCGCCAGAUCUUGCUACAGAUGCCAAGGAGAAUCCGCUGCACGUGGACAUCAAGACUGAGCACAUGCCAAGCCCCUAUGAUCGAUACUUUCCCAUACCAUCGCCGCUGUUUGGCUACUAUCUGCAUACCAAGUAUUUGAAUGAGGUGUUCCGACGACGACAGGAUCUAUAUCCCUCACCGCUGCAGCACACUCCCUCCUCCAUAGCCUCCGAAACGGAGACCUCGCCCACCAGCCAGGGCAAAACACCAACCAGCAACAGUAACAGCAACAUUAAUGGUAGCCAACAGCAACACUUGAUGUCCGGCGUGCUGAUCAAUGCAUCACCGCCACCGUCGCUGCCCUCGCCACCGCGCAGCGAUUCCUCGGUAACAGCCGCACAGCCUACGCGUGUCAGUCCGAAGCCGGCCAAGAAGAAGAAUUCCCCGUCGUCUGGUGAGAAGCCCAUGCCGCCGCCGCAGGAGCGUCCAUUGGAUUUGUGCAUGCGAAGCGACUUGUUUGGCGAUCCCAAGAAAUAUAAGUCGGGGUCGCCGCCUAUACAUGCCGCCACUGCGGCAAUGAUGCCACCACCGCCCGCAUCAAUGAGCGCUGCCAGCAGCCUGGAGAGCAUGAAUGCGCUUUCGCCGGCGUCAAGCACGCACUCGAGCACUUCCUUGACCAGCACAACGCCCACAUCGACCCUAGCACCGCCCGCUGCAAUGUCUCCAUAUGCCAUGACUGCAGCAGCAGCACACGCAGCAGCUGCUGCGGCUGCAGCAGCCAUGAUCAAAAUGGAGAUGCCCAUGCAUCCGCUGCACUCGCACGUACCCACCACAACAGUGGGUGUUCCGGUGAUUAAGGGUGAUGUCGCCUCACCCACCACAAAGGAGACGGUGGCGUGGCGCUAUAACCUGGACGUGUCGCCGGUGGUGGAGGAGAUGCCGCCUGGCUCGGAUGUGGCUUAUGUGUGCCCGACAUGCGGGCAAAUGUUUUCGCUGCACGAUCGGCUGGCCAAGCACAUGGCUUCACGUCACAAGUCGCGCAAUCCCGCCAACGACAUAACCAAAGCCUACUCCUGCGACGUUUGCCAUCGCUCGUUUGCCCGCUCCGACAUGCUGACUCGUCAUAUGCGCCUGCACACCGGUGUCAAACCUUACACCUGUAAAGUGUGCGGUCAGGUCUUUUCGCGCUCCGACCACUUGUCCACGCAUCAGCGCACGCACACCGGCGAGAAACCCUAUAAGUGUCCACAGUGUCCGUAUGCCGCUUGCCGCCGCGAUAUGAUCACUCGACACAUGCGCACCCACACACGCUACGAGUCGCGUGGCUCCGGUGGCGGAGGUGGUGGUGGUGGAGGUGGAGGUGGAGGUGGAGGUGGUGGUAGCCGGGGCGAUCAGCCGAAAUCUCCGAUGCCGCUGCUGGACAUGAAAAUGAACAUGAAUCUGCCACUGUUGCUCCAGCAGGAGGAGCUGCUGCAAAAAUCUCCUCUCGGUCUGGGUGGACCAAUGCCCAUUGUGGUAAAGACGGAGAGUGCCUAACGGUAUCUCUACGCGGCCGCGGCAAGACAGUUCAUGACUUUUUAGAAGCGUCACUAGAGUUGAGUUGGCUGUCCAGCUUAGUGCCAGUUGAGCCCAUAGAUCAGUUGUAGUUUCGUGCUACGUACAACUCUGAAAAUCUCUCUGCGAAGACUGAGAACCUAAUUACUACCUACUGUUAAAGGCUUAGGUUUAUAUACACACACAUACACACACACGUAUAUAUAUUUAUAUAUAUAAUUAAACUUAAAGAUCUAUUUUAAUUUUUACACACACACACCAGAGACAAAUACAGACGGAGUUAACUCAGACCACCUCCCAACGUAUUAGCGUUUUAAUUAGUUGUAGAGCUACAACUAGAGCUGCACCAAUCGCACGGAGACAGGCUUAGUUGGUAUUUCGUAGUAUUGUAUUUUUGGAUAAUGUUGUUUACAACGUUCAGAUACAGCUAGCAAUUCCAUGUUCCACAAUUUAGCAGUUAGUUAACGUCAUAUUGAAAACUUAUUCAUAGUACAUAUGGGCGCAAGCUAGACGUAGUUUGUUAGCUAGUUCGUUAAUUGUUAGUUAGUUAGGUAGAGGUCAGAGAUUUUGGCCUCUGGGCAUUUUUUAACAACAUUGAAAUUAUUAAGCUAGGCAUGCAACCCAUCUAGGCUACAUUUGCCAUAGACUUAACGUAUUUGUAUUUAGUAAUUGAAAGCAAAGCGGACAAACCAUAAACAAAACGUUAGUUACUACGGUUAUUUAUAAUUUAUUAUUAAUUACAAUUAACAUUAAAAUACGCUAAUUUAUUUUAGGUUACUCUACUCGGCAGCAUUGCGCAUUUAGUUAUUAACGUCUUAGCGCCUAAAAGACAAAAAUUUGUAUUAAUUUAAUUAUAGUUUUACAAUUUUACACACAGAAAAAGACAAAGAAUUCUCCCUAGGGCACAAAAACUAAAACAUUUCGAUUUCAUAC